AUCUCUGUGCCUUUCACCUCCAUAACGGUCCCCAUACUUUCCGCUCCUCAAGACAAAGUCUCUCAUUUACAGCCUCUCCCCUUUUUCUCUCUCUACCACCUCUAAAAUCUCUAAAUAAAUUGCCAAUCUCAUAAAGAUCACAAAAUCUCUUUGUCCAUCCACAUUAUUGUUCAACCAUGGAUAACAACAGCAACAGAGAAUCCAAAGCCAAGGCUAAGGUCCCGAGAGCGAAGCUCUCAACCAGGCUGCAAAACCAUGCACCGGCAGCUCUUCAGCUCGAUCAUGUUGGCACCUACAAUGGCAACACCAACCCGUUCGAUUCCUACAACGAGACCAAUUUUUCUCGGUCUGCAAUUCCUUUGUUAUCGCCCCUUAUUGUGUCACCCCCGCCACUACCUGAGGCAGAAGAAAAGCGGUUUCCGGAGAAUGGCAACAACCAACAAAGUGGCAAUGGCGAGAAUGGGGCACAACCACCGACGGGAGGGUGGCAGCAUCCUGCCAUGGGCACAAUGACAGAUGCUUCAUCACUCUUUGCUUUCUUCCAAUCGCAGUGCGUGAUGUGAAAUGCGUGGAGUGAAGCUUUGAACAUGCAUCGUCUCUUUUUUGUUUUUUCUCUCCCCUCUGUGUGUAACAUGUUUCUUAGUUUUUGUCGAACUUUGGAAUCUUUGGGUUCUCCAAGACUUAUUUUUCCUUUUUUUUUUUAUGGGUUGUUGCUUCUAUCAAGGGUAAACUGAGAAUUUUUAAGGCAAGCUUAUAUGUCCCAAAUAAUACGACUUGACGUUCUCUCUCGUGUUAACAUGGGAUGUCCUGAGGAUUUCAAUAGAAUAAC